AUGUCUACUUUCCGCCACUCUCCACUCCUCCUAUGCUCACUCGCUGAGAUUCCUACUCUUAUCUACUUAUUCACUAACAUUUACGCCCACACACCUUGCCUAUAUCUACCAAUAAAUUACUCACGAAAGAUAUAG